CCGAUUGGUCCUAAAUCUUAAUAGCAGGUGCAAAGAAAAGAAAAGAAAAGAAAAAUUUGCAUCCCACCCAUUUUUUCUUCCUCUCUUUCUAUCUAUCACUUGUCCCCUUUCCCUCCCUCAUCCAUCACCAUUCACCAACCAACCACUUUCUCAAAACACCAAACAAGCGAAAAGCAUUUUCAUUCCCCUCAUUUUUUCUCAGCAAGAAACAAAAGAAAGAAAGAAAGAAAGAGAGAAUGCCGUCAUUGGAGGAGGAGCUGUUCCCGUCGACCCCAGGGAAGUUCAAGGGGGAUAGAGCGCACAACAUGAACCGCCAGGUCUACCGUUGCUUCGCCUCCACAAGCACCAUGUUCCUCUGGGCUUUGUUCCUCAUCGCCCUCACCGCAUCCUACCUCAGCUUCCAGGGCUUCGUCGACUCCGGCAGCCGCUACCUCUCCGCCUCCUGGGGCGGCAUCAACUGGGAGAAGCAGCUCCGCUCCUCCGCCCAGAUCCAACGCCACGGCGGCUUCUCCGUCCUCGUCACCGGCGCCGCCGGCUUCGUAGGCUCUCACGUCUCCAUAGCCCUCAAGCGCCGCGGCGACGGCGUCGUUGGCCUAGACAACUUCAACGACUAUUACGACCCUUCCUUGAAACGCGCACGCAAGUCCCUCCUCGAAACACAUGGCGUCUUCAUCGUCGAAGGUGACGUCAACGACGCCAAGCUCCUCGCCAAGCUCUUCGAUGUCGUCGCUUUCAGCCACGUCAUGCACCUCGCCGCCCAAGCCGGCGUCAGGUACGCGAUGGUGAACCCUCAUUCCUACGUCCACAGCAACAUCGCCGGCCUCGUCACGCUCCUCGAGGCUUGCAAGAACGCUGACCCUCAGCCCGCCAUCGUUUGGGCCUCGUCAAGCUCCGUCUACGGGCUCAACGACAAGGUCCCAUUCUCCGAAGCUGAUCGGACCGACCAGCCCGCCAGCCUCUACGCCGCGACAAAGAAAGCCGGCGAGGAGAUCACGCACAGUUACAAUCACAUCUACGGGCUUUCCAUCACGGGCUUGAGGUUUUUCACUGUCUAUGGGCCCUGGGGGAGGCCCGACAUGGCUUACUUCUCUUUCACCAGGAAUAUUCUCCAGGGGAAGUCAAUUACGGUUUAUCGGGGCAAAAAUCGGGUCGAUUUGGCCCGUGAUUUUACCUACAUUGAUGAUAUAGUGAAGGGAUGUCUCGGGUCACUGGAUACCGCGGGCAAGAGUACCGGGUCGGGUGGGAAGAAGCGAGGGCCCGCUCCUUAUCGGAUCUUUAAUUUGGGUAACACUUCGCCCGUGACCGUUCCAACUUUGGUGAGUAUAUUGGAGCGUCACUUGAAGGUUAAGGCCAAGAGGAAUAUUGUGGAUAUGCCUGGAAACGGCGACGUUCCGUUCACUCACGCCAAUAUUAGUUCGGCCCGGAGGGAAUUCGGGUACAAACCCACCACCGAUUUGCAAACCGGGUUGAAGAAGUUCGUUAAGUGGUACCUCUCUUACUACGGCUACAAUCACGGCAAGCCUGUAAAUUAUUAAAUUUUUUGUUUCCUUUUUAUUUGGGAACGGCUAUUUUUCUUCCUUUUUAGUCUGCUAGAUUUUUUGUUUUUUUUUUUUUGGAAAAAUUACACACAUGGGAAGAAAAGAAACGAAAGGACCUGGUCAAGAACGAAUGAAGGGAAAGGAAACUAGAAAGAGAAAGAAUUUCUUGAAAAAGGAAAAAAAUAAAAAGAAGAGCAGAACACAUUCUUUGCUUGAGAGGCCAGCUAAAACAGCUGUUCCUUAGCUGAUUUCUUUUCCCUUUAUUUUUUUGUAUUAAUUGUUGUUUUUCCUUUUU